AAUACUCUCCUAAGAGUGGGAUAGGAAGUCUCAGAGGAGAAGAAGCGACAAGAUUGUUUUCAGCGGGAAGAGCCAGUGGGAAGUUCUGGCUGGCAGCUCUGCAGAGGCUGGGUAGCCCACCAAGCAUAGCACACAGAACCCGGCUUCAACAACAGAACCAUCACUCUCAUGCUCACAGAGCCCAAGACCAAGACCACCACUGACACCUUCACUCCAAAAACCAUCAUGAGCGGCCCAGAAGAGAAAUAUAGCUUCACAAAAGAAGAUAACCUGAAGGAUGUUGUGCAAAAAGAACUCACUGUUCUUGGGACUAUCCAGAUACUAUGUUGCCUGAUGAUUUCCAGUUUGGGGGCAAUUAUGGUUUCUGCUCCCUACUCUCCCUACUUCAACACAGCAGUUUCCAUCAUUUUGAUGCCUGGGUACCCAUUUGCUGGAGCUCUGUGUUUUGGCAUUACUGGAAUCCUCUCAAUUAUCUCUGGAAAAAAUUCAACCAAGAUCUUUGUCUUGAUCUUAAAUCUUUUUAGCACUGUUGUAGCUGGGACAGGGCUCAUCCUCCUUGCCGCUACCCUGAAAGCCCUGAAGACGGCCUCUGAGCAAUGUGACUCUGGGAAGGACUCUCUAGCAUUGCCGAAUAUUUCGAACAUUCAAUACCAUUAUCCAGCCCACAAAGCCAAGGACUGCCUCCUGACUGGAUCUAGCCUCACUACUGUGCUGGUGGUGAUGUUCCUCUUCACUGUCCUGGAGCUCCUCCUUGCUGCAUAUGCCUCUGUAGUUUGGUGGAAACAGAACUGCUCCAAGAACCUGGAGAGUGAAUUUUCCUUGCCCCAAUCACAAGAUCUUAUCCAGCAUGUCAAAAAGAAUUCUUCAAGCCCAUAGAUCUGGUUGGAGUAGCCCUUUGUCUUUCAUGAGAAAGGUGGGAUCGAAGCUCUGCUUGGAAAACAUAAACUUUUCUGCUGUUUCAACCACUUGAGUAUUUUCUGUUUUAUACUUACUCAGUAUACCUUUGAAAAUAAUUUCCCAAAAUCCCCGAUGAGUACAAUUUAAAAUGCUCAGGAACUUGCCAGGCUUCACCAGAUAAACUGAACUGAAAGUGACUCACCUGCAUCUAAAGAUGAAGAGAAAAUGAGCACUGUUGUGUGAGUGUGAUAUAUUACGUGUAUAUGUCAUCACUAGUUUUGUAGACUUAUGCUUAUGUAGCUUAAAUACUAGUUAUUAGGAACUUUAAGACAUUUUAAAAUUAGUAUGACUUAUUUCUGUCAAUCGAAUGAGUUGAAAACUGUCAGUUUAAUAUGGCUCACUAUUCUAUCUCAUGUAAUGACUUUAUUCUUGUAGAAAA